AUGGCAAAAACUCGUGUGAAGCCAAUUAAGCCUACAAUGACAUUACCGGGUCUAGAAAUCAUGGCAGCAACUAUUGCUACCCGUUUGGCAAAAUUUGCGUUGAAUGCAUUGACCAAAGUAAAUAUUGUCAAAUGUGUGCUAUGGUCAGAUAGCCAAAUAGCAUUAUAUUGGAUUAAAAGUGACAAGAAGUUGCCUGUGUUUGUUACAAACAGAGCACGUGAAAUACGCGACGGACCGUUCAAUGAAAUUAAAUACUAUCCCACCGCUGACAAUCCCGAUGACCUACUAACGCGAGGAAUUACGGCGACGGGUCUCAGCUGCUCUACGCUUUGGUGGGAAGGCCCAAACUGGUUAAAAAGGGUAAAUGGCCACAAUGUGAAAACGCCGUACUGA